CAAAUGCCCCUCCCCCUCCGUCGCAUUGCAACAUCGCUUAGCUGGAGGGAGUGCAGAUUAUAUCUGUCAUCAUCACCUGCGCACUUCAAGGAUAUCCGGGCGCCUCGAAUAUCUUCCAUUCAACACCAAAUACGCUAUCUAUCUUUACGCCGCUCAUUUUACGGAAAUAUCAGUGAUCCGAAAAUGGCACCGCAACUUGAACCUUUCUUCAAGCAGGUCGACGAUUUGUCGGGCUCUUUCAUUGACCGUCUACGAAAGGCUGUCGCUAUCCCAUCUAUUUCCGCACAGGAUGAGAAUAGAAAGGAUGUCUUCAAGAUGGCCCAGUUUCUUGCUUCCGAGCUUGAGAACUUGGGUGCCGAAGUGGAACAGAGACCGUUAGGUAAACAACCUGGAAAAGAGCACCUAGAUCUUCCCCCGGUUGUGCUUGCUCGUUAUGGUAAUGACAAGAGCAAGCGAACCAUCCUGGUCUAUGGGCACUAUGACGUGCAGCCGGCUUUGAAAGAAGAUGGCUGGGCGACAGAGCCUUUCGAGUUGACCGUCGAUGAUCAGGGAAGAAUGUACGGGCGCGGAAGCACGGACGAUAAAGGUCCCGUCCUCGGCUGGCUGAAUGUUAUUGAAGCUCAUAAAAGGGCUGGUGUUGAGUUCCCGGUCAAUCUGCUCUGUUGCUUUGAGGGGAUGGAGGAGUAUGGCUCAGAAGGUUUGGAAGAGUUCAUUCAAACCGAGGGCAAGGAAUUUUUCAAAGAUGCAGAUGCCGUUUGCAUCUCGGACAACUAUUGGCUUGGGACCGAAAAGCCUUGCUUGACCUACGGGCUCCGAGGCUGCAACUACUACUCCGUGAGCAUUUCGGGCCCUGGUCAGGACUUGCAUAGCGGGGUCUUUGGUGGCACAGCCCACGAGCCGAUGACUGAUCUGGUUCAUGUGCUUUCUAAACUUGUCGAUUCGCAGGGAAAUAUCCUGAUCCCUGGAAUCAUGGACCUUGUUGAGCCCCUUACGGAGGAAGAAAAAUCCCUAUACCCUGGCAUCAACUACACUAUGGAUAAUCUUCACGAGUCACUGGGCAGCGAGACAAGCAUCCAUUCCACCAAGGAGAGAACUCUCAUGGCAAGAUGGAGGUACCCGUCUCUUUCUCUCCAUGGCAUUGAGGGCGCAUACUCUGCUCCUGGCGCGAAGACAGUAAUUCCAGCUAAGGUCAUCGGCAAGUUCUCAAUCCGAACUGUGCCGAAUAUGGAAAGUGAGGACGUGAACAAACUCGUCUUCGACUAUGUCAAGGCAGAGUUCGCCAAAUUGAAUAGCAAGAACACAUUGAACGUGUGGCUCCAGCAUGAUGGAAAGUGGUGGGUUGCCAGCCCGAAGCAUUGGAACUUCUCAGCUGCAAGCAAAGCCGUGAAACAGGUUUUCGGUGUUGAGCCGGAUAUGACCCGUGAGGGUGGCAGUAUCCCUGUCACACUAAGCUUCGAGCAAGCUACAGGCAAGAAUGUCCUCCUCCUACCUAUGGGAAGCUCGACUGAUGCUGCUCAUUCGAUCAACGAGAAGCUCGAUAAGAGGAAUUAUAUUGAAGGAAUCAAGUUGCUGGGAGCGUAUUUGCAUUACGUUGCGGAGGAGCCUAUGGACAUCUGACCGUAUGACACUUUGGAGACCUUCGCAGUCGCUUGAGUCUACGUCACCCCUCUCACUCACAGUGUGAGAAUAUCCGGUGGAUGACUUGUCCUCUUCCAGUGGGACCUCGAAGGUACCUGGGGCCUCAUGGCAUACAUUGAAGCUUGCAGCUCUCUGCAUAGUACCUAGGGAUGCUUCGUCCCAGUAUAAGUCAUAUCAUUUGGGUGAAGGACACUGUAGCAUCGCAAAUUCCAAGAAAUUCGCGCAUAAUCACUAGAGGCAAUGAUCAC